AUGGGCUCAAUCUUUGAAGAGUUCAAGGAUGGCCAGAAACUUGGCUCUGGUCACCACCUAGCCGCAGCUCUUACCCCCGUCUCGACCGCCGCGAACCCUGGCCGUUUACAGUCAUUCUACUACUUCUCCAACGCCGCGCGUCUAUCGUCCGACCUUCGCUAUUCCCUCUUCCAGGCCAAUGGCAUACGACUACCGAAGCAGGAACAAAACUCAUGGGUGGACAUUUUCGCGGCAUACUGGAGCGCUGCUGGGGAGCUGGUUCGGUUCGAGGAGGCUUCUUCGCGCGCCAGCUGGGUCAAGGUGUUCAAUGCGUGGAAGGAGACGGCCAACCAGCUUAUCCGGGGAUACUCGACGGGCGGUCUCCAGGCAUGGACGAUUCCAUGUCUGUAUGUGGUUGGGAGGUAUUUGCGACAAUUCGCGAGGAAAGCCGAUGCCGAGCUCGCUUCCCAGGAGUCCGAUGGGUUCGGUGAUGGCUUCCAAGAUGAUGUGGCCACUGGUCUAGAGAAGAAUGCGAAGCUGGAGGAGGCUACUCGAGUGCUGAACCGGAUGUUCACGUUGUGCCUUACUGACCGGUCUCCGAUCGAGGAAUCCCGGAAGUGGGGGGUCUACGACACGACCAACCUCCUGUUCAAGACCUAUUUCAAACUCAACACCGUUGGCCUGUCCAAGAACUUACUGCGUGCUCUUAAUGCGCAAUCCGCCGACCUCCCCGAACUAGACGCCUUCCCCAAGUCCCACAUUGUCACCUUCAAAUACUACGUUGGAGUCAUUCACUUCCUCGAUGAGAACUACGCCGAGGCUGAGCAGCAUUUGGCGGAGGCCUGGAGGAUGUGCCAUCGCAGCGCAAUGAAGAAUCGGGAACUCAUCCUCACCUACCUCAUCCCUUGCCACUUGGUUACGACACACACGCUACCCAGCAAAAAGCUCCUGGCGCCCUUCCCCCGCCUUGAGAAGCUCUACCGUCCCCUAUGCAAUUGUAUCAAGAUAGGCGAUCUGGGAGGCUUCGAUGCGGCGAUGUCCGCUGGCGAGGAAGAGUUUGUCAAACGACGUAUCUACCUACCUCUGGAGAGGGGACGCGACAUCGCCUUGCGGAAUCUCUUCCGAAAGGUGUUUAUCGCCGGAGGGUUUGAGGAGUCCAAGGACGGCCAACCUCCGAUUCGCCGGACCCGCGUACCUGUCGCCGAGUUCGCAGCUGCGGUCCGCAUUGGCACACAUGCAGACGAGAGGUCCCGGGUGGAUAUCGACGAGGUGGAGUGUCUGCUAUCGAACUUGAUAUACAAGGGUCUCAUGAAGGGAUAUAUCGCGCGCGAACGUGGUAUGGUCGUGUUGAGCAAGGGCGGGUCCGCAUUUCCGGGAACGGGCGUCUAA